AUGUAUACAUUCAAUUUAUUAUCAUUUGAUUCAACGAUAAACAACAAAACUAAUAACAAUGUACAUACAUCGAAUAAUAAAUUGAAUAUUGAAGACUGUUCAAUAAAACAAUUAAAACUACAAAUAGCUCAAAUACUAUCAUUACCAGAUAAUUCAUUUGAUAUAUAUUGUCAAGGUGUUCAAUUGAUUGGUGAUGAUAAAAAUCUAAAUGAUUAUGAAAUUGAAAAUGAGGAUAGUUUAGUAAUUAUACCAAAAAUAAAAUUACCUAAUGAAUCUUCUAUGGAAACUUCAGCUGGUUUGCCUGGUAAAAGUGAAUUACAUCAAAGUUCGAAAACAAUUGAAAUAUCAGCUACACCCAAUGAAUUUCAUCGUCUUUAUUGGUUAAUGAAAACACCAGAAUUUUGGCGAAAAAUUACUCAAGUAUUACCUGAAUUAUUAUUAGAUUCAAGUGCAAUAGGUUUAUGUGAAGAUUCAGUACUUUUCUGUCAAAAUCAUAAUAUCAAACAUCUUACAGAAAUUGUACAAGCAAAUCCAUUAUUAUAUAAAGUAGUUGCUCAAGUAAUCAAAGAAUGGACAUCAACAAGUAAUACAGCUAAUUCGAAUGAUUUACAAUUAUCACCUGCUGCUUACUUUUUAAAUGGUAGUCCUCAUUUAAUUGAACCAGCUGCACCACGUCAACCAGCAUUUAAUGUAAUGCCUCGACGUAUAACAAAUGAAGAUUUUUAUCGUGCACUUGAACAAACAAAUCGAUUGACAACAAAUUCUCGUCCAUCGAAUGUUCCAUCUCAACAAACACAAAGAACACCAAAUCGUCGUAAUGUUAUAAGUAUGGAUCAAUUAAGAAGUGUCCUACAAAGAACAUCAACUAAUCCAUCAACACCAAUAACAACAACAGAAAAUCCAGAAAGUGAACCAACUAAUGCACAAGAACUAUUAGAUCAAAUGCGUGCUAUGGGCCUAACAGAUGAAAUAGCUAAUCGACAAGCACUCGAAGCAACAAAUUGGGAUUUAAAAGCAGCUCUAGACUUAUUACUCGGUUAA